AUGGCUGAGAAACGGGUCCAGCAUCCUCGUUUCGCUCGGACAGAGGAGGAAGAGCGGACAGAACUUCCCUCUUGGUACAAUACCCGCCUUCACACGCCAGCCGUAGAGGUGGUACGGCGAGUUGCCCCCAGUGGGUUUGUGGGGGAAGGGACAUUCGGCCAGGUUUUCAAGGGUAUUGAUCUUGAUUCGGGUUGCUUUGUGGCGGUCAAGAAAAUAAAAUUGCCCCCAAAACAUGGCUUCCUUCCAUCCAAAGAGGAGGAAUUACUCCGACGUGAAGUCAAAAUACUCUCCAAUGUCUCUCAUAAGAACAUCGUUGAGUUCCUCGGUUCGUCAGGCUGGGGCUCCAGUGCUGUACAUAUUUUCCUAAGCCUCAAGACCGGGAAUAUAUGUGACUUACUCGAGAAAUUCCGGAGCAACCAUCUUAACGAGGCACUCCUGAGCCAGCUGUUGCAUAAUAUGCUCGAGGCGUUGGAUUAUCUCGCGUUUCGAGGCUGGAUCCAUCGGGACGUCAAGCCCCAGAAUAUUUUGUAUACUCCAGAUGAUGGGGGGUACCGUUUCCAGUUGGCUGAUUUUGGCCUGGCUCAUCAGGAGCAGUUUGCCCAAACUCAGUGCGGUUCGCCCCUUUACAUGGCCCCUGAGAUAAUAAACAGAACGCACCCUCAAUCCUCAAAAAUAGAUGUGUGGUCCCUAUUCGUCGUUUUCGGGGUUGUGACACAGCGGGGGGAGCUUGACGACCCACAAUUGGCACACCAUGGAGAAGUGUUGUGUCGUGUGAAGAUAGCGGCGGCUCAACUCCGAAGGCUCAGCCCGAUGGCGGAGGAGGACCCGGGCAGACGGGCGUCAGCUGCUCAAAUGCUCGUGGCGCACUUUGGCGGCCAGGGUUUGUCCACCCCACGAGCUCGCGUGCACCCAAUACCGGAUCCUGGAAGCGCGGCGGCGCCAUCACGAGCCUCAGAGCAAUUACACUCCCCCGAGCCACCGAAGCCAUCAGAGCAAUCACGGCCCUCGAGACCACGAGCUCUUGAUCCAACGAUGCGAACUGCAAAUGCAAAAGUCAUGAAGCCAGGCGCUCGGGGUGCAAUGCAACCCAAGUACGCAUCACCAAGACCUUACACACGACAAGCUCCUACCAGGGGGCACCCAUCCGACGGGAUUGACGAGAUUGAAUAG